AUGAUGCCGGACCUGAAGCAGUGCACCGUCUCAUUGGUUCCACUCCUGGCAACGUCCCAACGUCUCAUUGGUUCCACUCCUGGCAACGUCCCAACGUGUCAUUGGUUCCACUCCUGGCAACGUCCCAACGUCUCAUUGGUUCCACUCCUGGCAACGUCCCAACGUCUCAUUGGUUCCACUCCUGGCAACGUCUCAUUGGUUCCACUCCUGGCAACGUCUCAUUGGUUCCACUCCUGGCAACGUCUCAUUGGUUCCACUCCUGGCAACGUCUCAUUGGUUCCACUCCUGGCAACGUACCAACGUGUCAUUGGUUCCACUCCUGGCAACGUACCAACGUGUCAUUGGUUCCACUCCUGGCAACGUACCAACGUGUCAUUGGUUCCACUCCUGGCAACGUCCCAACGUCUCAUUGGUUCCACUCCUGGCAACGUACCAACGUGUCUUUGGUUCCACUCCUGGCAACGUACCAACGUGUCAUUGGUUCCACUCCUGGGGGUCUGCAUAGAGCUAGCAGACUACAGCUCUAUAUCCUAUCCUCUGGGGGUCUGCAUAGAGCUAGCAGACUACAGCUCUAUCCUAUCCUCUGGGGGUCUGCGUAGAGCUAGCAGACUACAUCUCUAUCCUAUCCUCUGGGGGUCUGAAUGGAGCAGACUACAGCUCUAUAUCCUAUCCUCUGGGGGUCUGCAUAGAGCUAGCAGACUACAGCUCUAUCCUAUCCUCUGGGGGUCUGCAUAG